AUGGCGGCGUCGACCUCCAAACCAGACUACUUUGGUGGUCCCUCGCCGCGAAGAGGUCCGCCGUCCUCGACAUUGGCAACUGGCGCAUCACCAGCCCCGCGGAGUCCUCGAACACCGCAGCUCGGUCGCAGCAUAUCCUCGCAGUUCGGCAGUCCAGGCACAUUCCGCCCAGAGCAGGAUGACAUUGUCAUCUACGAGCUCGGCGCGCGACAUUUAUCUGCAGGUUAUGCUGGGGAGGCCAAGCCGAGAUGCAUACUGCCUUUUACACCAGAUGGCAGUCGCCGACGUGGAGACUACCGCCAGCAUGAUGCUGAAUACCUCAAAGCCACGAGAGAAGUGAGGGUGAAGCAGCCAUGGGCAGAGGGCUACGAGCUGUACACUACAGAUCUGCGAGAGCUGGACCUGGGCUUGGUCGAGGACAAGCUGAAUCGCCAGCUGCGCGUUGCCAUAAUCGACCAUAUACAGAUCGAUGCCAAGCAGCGCAAGGCUGUCCUUGUUGUACCAUCCCUGCUGCCUACUCCUUUGCUGGAGAUAGCGCUUCGGGUGUUCUUCACCCACUUCUCUCAGCCACCGAGCAUUUCAGUGCUCACACAUCCCGUCAUGACUUGCGUAAGUGCUGGACUGAGAACCGCCAUAAUAGUUGAUAUUGGCUGGGAGGAGAGUGUUGUGACUGCCGUUGGAGAGUACAAGGAAGUGGCGCAGCGACGGAGUGUCAGGGCGGGCAGACUUCUGACGCGGGAAAUGGGCAACACCCUUGAAAUGGCAGUAAGAGGUCACAGCGAUAGCGAUGCUGACUUCACGAUCGCGUUCGAUGAAGCAGAGGAUGUCGUCCGAAGACUAGCCUGGUGCCAGCAACAAGAACCGAGCCACGAAGGCGGCAAAGUGUUGCAGCUACCUCUGCAUGGCACAGAGCCUCCCGCGACAUAUCCUAUACCAUUCGCACAGCUCGCAGUACCUGCUGAGAAAGCGCUUCUGGCGCCAGAGCAUACCGCAGACGAGCACGAUGAUGAUGACUUACCGGUACCACUACUGGCAUAUCGGGUGCUGCUUUCACUGCCGACCGACCUACGCGCGAUCUGCGUCUCUCGCAUUGUCAUCACUGGCGGCGUCAGUCAGAUGCCAGGGCUGAAGCGCAGGUUGCUACAAGAAAUCUCACAUCUGAUCGAAACUCGAGGCUGGGAUCCUGUCUCCAAUUACGGCAGUGCCAAGACCCAACACGAACAAGCCCUCAAAGAACGCUCAGCGAAUACCGCCCCUCGACCCAAGCAAUCGGACGAACUCGUGCCUCCUCUAUCACCAUUCAAGAUGCCACUGCAAGAUGCCAUCCCACCAGCCAAUCGUGUCCACGACGAUAUCAAAGAUCCGAUCACGUCAAAAGCAGAACGCGAAGCCUCUAAAGGAAAAGUGGACAUGGUCAAGGGAGUCGUAAGAGGCGUGGAGAGCUUGGGACCAUGGGCCGGAGCAAGUUUAAUGGCCAUCUUCCCCUCCAGUCCCACGCCCGAUGCCACUCCAUCUGCAUCAAAGGAGUCAGCCGCCAGUCCCACGAACGAUGGACACUUUCCAUUCAACGGGCAGCCUAUGCCGGUUUUCUUCAGUGGGCUCUUAGAAAAUCCCAUGCCCAUCGAGACUGGCAGCGAUGGCUCUUGCUUCCAGAUCGUCAGGCCUCCUGGGAAGGGCCAAUACCCCGUUCCAUGCCCUACCUCUACUCCCGCUGAGUACCAGAAGCCUGAACCUACUCAUGACGGUGCAGACGGCUGGGAUGAGUACCACGAAGGGCCCUUCCCGGGUCCCGUCUUUGGGGGACCCAUCAUCAUCGACGGCUACACUUUUGCACCUACCACCUCGCAGUCAACUUCCUCUCCAGCCGGACACCAGGUACCGAAGCCUACUUCGCCUGUCAAACCGACGACACUCGCUACCUCCUCUACCAAGACAUCCACUGGUUACGUUACUCCUUCCACAGCUGCGUACGCUGUACCCACCGGCUCUGCUGAGCAGACCCCAACCAAGCCAGGCAUGGCCUCCAACAUCCCACCUGCCCUCCAAUGGCUCGUGGAUUUGUUCAGCGGCGGACACCGUAACCUGGACGAGAUCUCAGAGUAUUAA